AUGGCAUCGUAUCUAGCCAGCAUCUAUGGCACGGAGCAGGACAAGGUGAACUGCUCAUUUUACUACAAGAUCGGAGCAUGUAGACACGGCGACCGCUGCUCGCGAAAGCACACCAAGCCGCCCUUUUCGCAGACGAUCCUCAUCUCAAACGUGUACGCCAACCCGAAGCAUACCGAUCCCAACUGCACGCUCUCGGACGAGCAGAUCCAGACUGGCUUCGACAACUUCUUCGAGGACUGGUACGCGGAGCUGGCAAAGUACGGGCAUCUGCUCGAGAUGCACGUCUGCGAUAACGUAGGGGAUCAUCUGAUCGGGAACGUAUAUGCGCGGUAUGAGUGGGAGGAAGAAGCGCAGCGAGCGGUAGAUGCCUUGAACGACCGAUGGUACGAUAAUCGGCCGCUCUGGGCCGAGCUUUCUCCGGUCACUGAUUUCCGCGAAGCGUGCUGCAGACAGAACGAGACGAACGAGUGCAACCGCGGGGGGUUCUGCAACUUUAUGCACCUGCGGCACCCGACCAAAGGGCUCAUCAAACAACUCGAGCACGAGCAAGCCGUCGAGCUGCGUUACAAAAAGGAAGCACAGCACGCCGCAAAGGAGGCCGCUGCCGGAGGCGGAUGGAAAAAAAAUCUCGAAGAGCAAGGCGCAGGAGGAUGGAAGAGCGCGCCGAGCGGUGGCGAUUGGCGCUCAGGGCCAUCAAGCAGACCGGUGGCGACUUGA